AUGGAACGACGACCAGUUCCAGUUGUACCGUUGCCGAGGGACCGCUUUGCGUCUCCAAUCACCAGCAAAGCCCCGACGUUGCCUGAGAUCCCUCACAGGCAUUAUGUGCCGUUUGAGGCGGAGUUUGCCGUAGCAGUCUUUGUUGGAAGCUAUUUGGCCAUCUGGGCGGCAGUUUUCUCUUCUUUGGCAGGGGAUUGGUCCUUCCUUGAUGGCUUCUACUUCUGUAUGGUGACACUUACAACCGUGGGGUAUGGUGAUUUGACCCCCUGUGAGUCUCCUCUCUGCCGACUUCUUGGCAUCACCUUCAUUUGGACCAAUGUCCUGGUAGUGAGCGCGGUGCUGGGCAUCGUUGGAGCUCGAGUGGAGCGAGAGGUCACACGCGUGGGCAGGCUUCUCCGUGCUCCACAGCUGGCGGUGCACUUCGCGGCGCUGGGGUUCUUCAUCAUCCUCAUGGCGCUGAGCUACAGCAGCGCGGAAUCGAAGUCGAUCCUUGAUGGUCUGUACUUCUCCACGGUCACUCUCAGCACUGUGGGCUAUGGUGCCUUUGCUCCAAGCAAGAGUAUGAGGCUGCUCAUGUGCCCGGUUCUUUUUGUGGGCGUGGUCUCCGUUGGCAGCAUUGCAGGCUAUUUCGCCUCGGCUGCCGAGUCCCGUCUCAAGCGGCAACUGAAGCCCUACGGCAAGCCAACCCGCGCGGCCAUCAGCCUGUUGGUGCUGCUCCUUUUUGCUCUGACAGGUGGUUUGAUCUUCAAAGAUGCGGGAGGGGAGCACUGGAGCAUCAAUGAGGCCAUCUACUUUGCCACUGUCACGAUGACCACCGUGGGCUAUGGCGAUAUAGCUCCUGUCACCACAGGUGAGCAAAAGGUUCUGGCCAUUCUCUUCGUGUGGCUUUCAAUCACUCUCUUGGCGGUGCUCUUCGGCUUCAUCAGCGCUGAGGCGGAGCAGUUGGAGCAGCUCAUUGAUUACCCACAAGCCAAGCGGAAGCGACAUGGUGGACGUGCAGUCCUUUUGCUGUCUGGCCUUCACUUGCUGUGCGCUGCUUCGUUUGCAGUCGUCGAGUCUUGGAGUUUCGUGGACAGCCUUUAUUUCACCUCUGUGACUCUCACGACAGUGGGCUACGGCGAUUUGGCACCCAAGACAAAGAUGGGUCGAAUGAUGACCAGCGCUUUGGUGCUGACAGGUGUUCCCACCACCGUGGCUUUGGUGCAAGCUUUGUCGGGAAGGUUCUCAAGUAGACUGGUCAGGCAGAUCGAGAAGUUGGACGAAUGA